AUGGUUUUACUUAACUCCAGACUUAAAAAGAACGACAGCGCCAAUUUCGGAAGUGAAAAUCACCGACUCUUGUGCGUGCUACUUUUGUACCUUUUCAGGCACCACGUUUGCAUAAUGCUCCUUCUGGUUUUUUUUUUGUUCACCGACCAGCUGGUUCCUCUUUAGAUUUGUAUAUUCAGAAAUUAAUACAUGUUGAUAUCCAUUCAUGGUACAAGUCAACGCUAUUUCCCGCUAGUAGUUUUCGUAGCAUUUUUCCCCAUCACAUACUACCAGUACUUACGACAGCUAGAUGAAAAUAGCAGCCUAAAGCGCAUUCUAGUUUCUUCCUCAGUGCUGGUGUGGUCAUUGCAGUAAUUUGACUAACAAGGCGUGUAGUUGACUCGAUAGACAAACGAGUUACAAAUGCCUCUAUUUGUUGUAAGGCCUACCUGCACUUUACGGGUCUAUUUGGGUUACGCUGGGCUUCGUGGGAACUUACUCAAGUGUUCCUUAUGCGGUUUGCCCUGCCGUCGUUAAAUAACUCUUGGGUGACCUUUGUGUCCGGGACGUAUGUAAUGCUACCCCUCUAGGUGUUCGCAUGAUUGAAGUAGACUCUACUCCCAUUCAAUUGCAUGCGAUAUAUUUUCGUUUGGCAGGCUCCCGAAUUAUCAGAAGUUGGUGUCGUGACUAGCCUUCGUAGCACUCGUUUCGACUAAUUUAUGCUCACGAAUUCGUUUCAAAGAUUUGUGGUUUCCGCAAUUUCUUUCCCCAGAAAACUAACCAAAUGAGUCUCCAUUUUCACACCGCCUUAUUAUCUUAUAACUUCACUCAAUACUGUGCUUUAUAAUGUUGCUUUCCGGAAAAAUCGUAACUAGCCGGUCGUCCCGCCAGAUAGUUUUUCAGAUAAACACUAGCAAAUCACUCCGUUCCUCUAUCAGUGUUCAUCACGAUGACGCCUUAGUCUGCAACCACGAGUAACCCUGAGCCAGUUGUAAACUUGAAAGAAAAGAAAAUAUUAUAAGUUCUCUGAAAUGUCACUAUCUACAUGCUUGUUCAUGAAGAAUUUGCAUGUCUAUUCACGUUUAAUUUUACGACUCAUCCAGGAAACGUAUUGAAGAUCAAAGCGACUGGAGCUUAUUUCGUAAUGUCUGAUAAGGUGGAAACCUUUGCCGACACCCUGGUGGAAAAACCGCAUCCACAGUCAUCUAACGGUCUCCCAAACACAUCAGCAAACGACGAUUCUUCCGGUAAGUUUGUCCAGAGUAUCAAUCAUCACAAGACGCCCCUAUAGGAACACUAGUGACUGAAGCAGGAACUGUCAUGAAGCCAGUCAGUCCCGUAAUUAAACAAAUAUAACGCACUCCUGUCUACCUACUGAACACGUCUGAGUCUUCUUAGACAGUUUUUUAAUUUCAUGUUGCGCGUCCUCGUCUUCCCGUUUAUUUUUCCUUCUGCUGUUUUUUCCUCAAAGGUCUUGUUAAAUCAAAACGGCUUAUCACUUAAAGCCCAUAGUCUUUGGUGAAGUUGCUAUCACUUUCCCCUUUAGUGGAAAUGUGUCUUUUUGUCAGGCGUGAACUCUGUCGUCUGAUUCUUCUAUACUGACCAGACAUAACGCACCUCAUGCAGGUAUCUGUCGUCCAUUCCACCGCUUGUCUAAGGAUAGAAAAGCCAAUCACGCCGUUGUCCAUUUGGUGUUAUUGCUGCGAAUCAAAAGCUGCAUAAGUGAAGAAGAAGAGUCGAGCACCGGAACACUUCGUUUGUUAUCCUGAGCUUUCAGACUCAUACAGGAGUCCAUCGUCAGAGGUAAUGGCAGAAACAGGAUAGGCGGCAGUUAUAAGGCACGUAGGCCCAAUCAUCGACCGACGUCGCACGACUGGAGGUGACUACGAAGGGCUCUGUACGUCGGCGCCAGAUCGAUGAAUCGAUUGACCAAGUUCUCAUCCGAGGCCCAGGCUUCAAUCAAUUCUCGGCCUGUUUUGUUUCCGGCGUGAGCGACUAUUUUGGUGGAUGCGAAGUCAAACUCGUGACCCAUUUCGUAGGUGUGGGCGGCCACUUGUGAUAAUGCGUCUCCUCGCCGCACAGUCAGCUUAUGCUCGUGUAUGCGCGAUCCGAGCAUGCGUCCAGUCUGUCCUGUGUAGUUACAAGGACAAUUUUGACACGGAAUGCGAUACACUACUCCAGAUUGCUCUUCGGGUUUUAACCGGUCUUUGAUUUUCAUGACCCUGCUGCGCAUGGUGGCUUUGGGGCGGUGUGCAAUUCCAACACCUAGUUCCGCAGCAAUGCGCUCGGUCGCUUCUGAAACACCCUUGAUGUAUGGCAGAGAAUGCCAUAUCGAAAUUUCGCCUUCAUUCUUGAAUCAAAAGCUGUCCGUGGCCCGAGCAAAUGCACAAAAUGACCCUCACCAAUGAACAACUCGUCAGACGUAUAGACCUACUUCUGGAAUAUAACUGUCUUUGGAGAAAGAUUCACUGUUUUACGGCCGGCAAUGCACAUGACCUGUUAGACAGUCAUGCUGCAUGACCAUCGAUAGUAGCAAAGGAUGUACGGCUAAUUGCUGUUACGGAUGAAGUCAACGCUAGGUUUAGGCACUCGACUGGAGGGAUGGCGAUCCCCUCGUUGCAUGGUCGGAUUUUCCCGUUAAAGGUCAAAAAGCCCGACGUUCAUGUAUCCAUUCUUUCGCACCUCUAAUAACUUCGAUUUUAUCGUAUUCUCGAGGUCACUCAGCACAUUCACCCAUACGCGUCAACUAGGCGAACCCACCCCUUCCCCUUCAUAGUGACUGACCUCCGAAGUAUAUUGACCUUUUGUCGACUAUUUAGGCCCUCGCUGGAAGCAAAGCCGAAAGUUCAGGCAAGCUGUCCGCAGUGUUAGCUAAAACUCCGCCAAACAUUGAAUUUCUUCCCUAUUACUACUACUACUGCCACCACCAUUACCAUCUUUACCACCACUGCCACCACUACUAGUUUUACCAUCCCAUUGUCCAGCGGUUGUCCGCCGUAUUACCUCUUUUUGCAGCAAUUAUAUUUGUCUACAAGGGCUGUGAUAGACAAUUUCGAUAUAUGGUAGCGUCCGUUACUCACGUCUCGCCUGAUGAAACAUACUUCCUCGAAUAACAUCGUGGCAAUAGUACGCACUACUGGGCAUGGUCUGUUUGUAGGCAGAGAUUUUCCCUACUUAGGAAGCACUACCUUUGUUCACAGCUGAACGAUGAACAAAAGCUCCGUAGGAUGUCGACCGCUGUCGAUUGUGCGAUCGUUUUUAUGUCCUCAUUGUGAUAAACGAUGGGUCUCAUAGUACCUGUAUUAGACUAUCGUUGCUGUUCCGAACAUGAUUUUGCGUCUUUAUAGCUGAACAUGCGCCGAAGUGGCUUUCAUCGAUCGCCAGUGUGUAGGAAUGGUAUCGCGCAGAAUCUGACGCAACAGUAUCUCGCCCGCAUGUUUCACGGCUAUUCUUACACACAGUCACGGAAUUCAGGGUUACGCACUACCAGUGAGUUACGUGCCCUGUAGAGACUUUGCCAUUAUCUUCGCGUUCUUGAGGAAUACCUGCCUUCUAGAACUGUUUUCUGAGGCGGGUGCCGGAUAGAAGAGACCGCACAAUAGAAUCGAUACAAUGUGUAAGGUCCACUAGUCCGCAUUUUACCCUGCUAAACCGUGAUCAACUUCCUGAGAUCAGGCAAAUUGUCCUAUAGAGGAAAUACUAGACAUUGUGUCGCUCAAAUGAGUGGUUAACUCGCCUACCGGUUUUUGGUCGACACAAAUUGUAUCUCUCAUAGUUCUUAACGGAGCCGGGGAUUGUGUGAGUGACCACUUAUGCCUUGUCUGUCGUCUUUUAAGUAAUCUCCAGGUUGAAUGAUUCGAAGGACAACCGUUGUUUCUUGUACACCUGUACUUGGUGCGGCUGUGGUCACGUCUAGUUUAGCCGACCCGGCUGAUGUGGGUUGUAGCUCUUUUCCUUUAACGAUCUAUUGCAGCGGAUCCGAAGAGCUCGGCUCAGUCUUCCUUCCGCUGUGGGAGAUUGGAUAAUGAAGGUCCAAGAACUACCAUAUCCCGGCGAAUUGUGUUAAAAUAGGUUUUGCCUAUUGUUGACUCCAGCCCAGGUAACUGUGACGAAGGUCAAAACCGACGCCUAACUGGUGCGGGUCGUGCACUAAGCCAUUCAAAGCUCCAGUUACUGAUCGGGGUCGCUCCUAGCCUGUAAUUUGUUUUCGCGAUUCUUAGAUAGUUAGUGCACAUGGGUUUUCGUUUAUGCUACGUCGUAGCAGAACGGUAGCCGCGGACACUCAUGUUUUCGUGGACUCUGGGUCUGGCAUACCCAUCUCUUGUGGAAACUGGCCUGCAGGGCUUUAUAUCAAGCUUCAGGGCACAGCGUGUCGGUCAUGCCCCGCAACGCAAUCGGUCAGCGCUCUCGACCUUUAUUAAUGUACCCGAUCGUAAUCGACAGGACAACGAGCCCGUAGCUCAGUGGCUAGAGCGCUGGACCUUUAACCAACAGAACGCGGACCUGGGUUUCAGGGGCCGCAGAUCUGGAGUUGGGUAUGACUAGUUGAUAACGCCUUGUAAACCAGAAAUGGCCAUUCCAAUCUCCCAUAUCUUUGUCAGUAAUGUCAUUCUGCCGCCAUGCGACCGCCUGCGGGUCGCUAGACUGAGCCUAAAGUCACAACGGGGCGAGUAUAUUCCGGCAGCACGACCGUUGAUCACCCUCUACCAUUGCUGCAGUUGUGUUCAUACGGAAGCCGCCUCUGUUCCCUCUUCGAAACACUGCUGGCCUUCAUCUCUUAGGACAGAUGAGCCUAUUAGUGUAGAUGCUGUCUAUGCUAGAGACAGAGCUCCUGUCGCCUCAGCGUUUACACAGCCCUAUCCAUUUACAUUCUUCAGGUAACGAUCCUUCAACGUCCGAGUCAGAUAUUCAGAAACCUGGUGGGCGAUCCGACCAGGGAAGCCGGUCUGAACACGAAGAAGAGGAAGAAGAUGGGAACGAAGAAAACGAGGAGAAAGAGGAUCACGACCCGAAGGAGAAAUCAGACGACGUUUCUACCACGCCGGGUGGCCGGCCUAGCCAUCGUCCUCGCAAGACCGUAGAACGCCUGUCUGAGUCUCUUAACAAACGGUUUGAGCAGCAGCAGGCGGACAGGGAGAGGCAACAUGAUCUGGUUACCACCCAGCUGCAGGGUCGGGGCUGUCCCCUCGGUGAGAUUCCCUUGAUUGAGGCCUCCAUAAAAAAGUCGAAACCUGCUGACCUGAAGCUGCUGCAUUUUGCCGCCUUUGGAAGACCCGGCUCGGUGCACGAAAUUCGCACGAACUUGCGGCGCUUCCGAGGCUUCGUCUUUACUAAAUCUGCUCCGGAAUACACCAGACGAGAGGAGCUUCUGAACAAGUAGGUCCUGCCCCCUUUGAGUUUCCGGUCUACCGACUCGCUUUGCGUUGUGCGCUCAUUUAUUUUUCUACAAAUUGCCUCCUGUAAGAGUGGUUAGCCUUGCCGCAUGUGACAAGAACCACUGCCAUCCCGAACCGUGAACUGAUUCAGAAUGAGCAAGGUUUUCGAGGAACCUUUCUCACUCUUCUCACACGCUGUUUCAAUGUCGAGACGGUCAUGGCUGGGAGUGAGCAUGUAUGUGGUGCCUGGGAGACCGACCACAUCUAACGCAUAUCGCAUAAUUAUUGGAUGAAUGUUAUUACCGACAAAGACGUGGGAGACUGGAAUGGCCGUUUCUGGCUUAUUAGCCGUCGUCAGCCAGUCAUACCCAACCCCAAGGUGUGGAACACUGCACUCCGUUGACAGAUGUCUGUGUGCAGCUGUGAAACUACCGUAUUAACAACACAGCUACUAGUUAAAAGCCCAGGUACGCGGGCUUCGCCAAACUUGUGUUGCUGCCUGACGCAGCUGCAAAAGGUCCAGCCCAUCAUCGGAGCCCCCUGACUUUCCCGUGUGUUUUUUGGUAUGUAACCUCCAGUUUCACCCCGCCUUGUUUCGUUUCCGAGGAAAUUAAUGCGCUGACUUGAAGUAAAUUCUUCGGAAUAGACAUUUUCAAGCACGGUCUGAAAGUUAAUAUGAAUAUUUAUGCAGAAAUCCAUAAGCUUCUGCGGGAUAACCGCGUAAUAUUCACAAACCGGCACGGCGUUCAUAUACCAAAAAAACACAAAGAAGGCUGGGGAACCACUACACCGCAAAUCCACAUUCCUCUUCAAAUAAACACACCCCUUCGGUUUUUUAAACAACAAAUUGACUAGACUUGUUGGAUGUCGUAAGAACAGAUGCAUGUACUAAAUUCUAGAAAUUUGACAAACCGCCAACAGGCAGCCACGGGGAAAGCGGGAGGACCUACUGAUGGGCUGAACUCAUCGCAGCUGCGUCAGGCAGCGGCACAAGAUCGGCAAAAUACGCGUGUCUGGACCUUUAGCUAGUACCUGUGUUUUUAGUGUGGUAAAUAAUUAAAUAGCCUUAUACUACUGGCUACCUGUUGACGGUUUGUGAAUAUUACGCGGUUAUGCUGCGGUGGCUGAUGGAUUUCAGCUCAAAUGUUAAUAUCGAUUUUCGCGCCAUGCCUGAGAAGGUCUGUUCCGAAGGAUUCACUCCAAGUUCGCGCAUUUAUUUCCUCGGAAAUUAAACGACGCAAGAUGUCUGUGUUCUUUGCAUUUUUACACAGUGAAGCCAGAGGAAAGUUUGACUUUUUUGGCCGUUUUUUUCAUGUUAAUAAAAAAUUGAUAUUUUUUCUGCCACAAACGUAAAUACACACCUUUCUCUUUAUAUUGCGGCCACUGUUAGGCUCCGUUCUGCGAUUACGAAUGCACGACAGAGUGGCCAUUAAAAUACUGAUAUGUUGCUGAAUAUGUUAGUGUGUUGCGCUUUCCGUAUAUGCAGGAAGGAGACCGUGCGAAAAGCAGUGUUUCGUAUGUUGGAAUCUGUAAAUAACUAUCCUGUGAUAGUCAUUUUGGUAAUCUUGAAGAAAUAUUUCCUCGGCAUGAAUCUGAAGCGAACAUAAACAGGAGAAGUUAUUGGAACGGACAAAUUUAACGACGGCUUAUCGACUGUAACUGCCGCCGCGAAAUUUGUUGGUUUCAAUAAAUUCUGCUGUGUAUGUUCACUUCAAGGUCAUUUUGUUGUCAACCCCUAGGAUUUUUUCCAGCGGCAGAACAGUGGCGGGCCAUUUAAACGAAGGAUUGUCGGUAUGCGUUAGGGGACAACAUUGUAUUAACAGACUGAGUCCCUCGGUUAGCAUCCGACAAGAAGUCAAUUUUCAAGUACGACAAACCUUGUUUGGCAAGACUCGAUGGUAAGUUAACCUCCUUUCAAGGAAGAACACUCAGAUGCGCAACCGAAGUCUAGGACAAGUACUGGCAUAAGAAAAUGCCCGAAUAUAAUGCAACGUUCAUUUUUUUUACCAACUUUAUGAGAAUUUUGCUUGCUAAAAUUGCGUGAACUCGUUUCCUGCACGAGAAAAGGGCACUUGCCUGAAGAGGCCGGACGAAUGAGCUAGAUGCGCAACAUUUAAGGCGUCCACACUUCUCAUUUCGGAUUCUGUCAGGAAGUUUUAUGAGUUAGGUCACGUAAUGUAGGCGUUAUACAUGAUGGUUGGCUAUGUGUGAAAUAUUUCCAAUCUCACUUGACAUUGGAAACUUGAGACCCACUAAUAUUUCUUGCGUAUUACCUCCCCAACCCUGGGUGAUAAAGUUUUUUUCUCUUUCGUUAAGUUGGCCCUCAUAAACAUGGGAUAAACCGGAAGACGAAGAUGCCAUCACUGGAACAAGAAAUUUAUUGGCCUGACUUUUCGGAUUCUCACCCGAAUCCAUCAUCAGAGACAUUCGCAGAUAAAGGUGAUGGUGGCACAAGGAGUGCAGUAUUUAUAGCACGUUACUGCCGUGGGACCGUAUGCGCACUGUAAUUAACAGCUCUCGCAAUCACCGCUGGGGUCGUACUUGAUGCGGUGGUGGCUUGUCAGUCAGAGUCCGAGUCGUUAAUUGCCGUGAUUUCCUAAUCCGUGCUGGAUGCUGGUGUGACGAUUGCUCGGCAAAUUGGCUCACUGUCACUGAGAUAAUUACUCGCCCGCGCCCUUCCCACGUGACUGAUUCCCCUGCCCAGGGAAAAUCUCAGCACGGAAGGUCAGCAUGGAAGGUCAUUGCGCUUGUUGAUGGAUUGCGGGCCAUGACUCGAGCAGCCCGCGGCUCACGCGGUUGUCACCCCUUGCGAGGAUUUCGGCCUCUUGAAUUUUGAAAAUAUGGCCGGGUCCCGUUGAGUGUGCCGCCACGUGAGAGCUAGCGUCUCCCGCCUCACUGCUGCUGCAUGCUCGGCAAUUCGUGUACGGAGUAAUCUCCCAGUUUCUCCGACAUAGUUGCUUUGUCCGCAACCACACCAGAUUCGGUAAACGACUCCGGACGGGAUAAACCUCUGAUCUGUUUUGAUCCCUUAGAUUCUUGGCAGAAAGACUCACUUCAUCCGCUUUUUGAUGACAAUCCGACGUUGUUGCCGACGGUGUCAACUGUGUGCCGCACAGCGGGGUGUAAUCAGGUUUUAUGGGAUAGAUCACCUACUGUAGCCCCAUAAAGGCCACAUUAAGGAGUAAUUGCAACCUAGAUAGGAACCAGUUAUACCGUCAGUUCACGUGAUACACCCUGUUUGGGUCUUUAAACUUGACAGCCGCCAGAGGACCACAGUGUGAAGAACAGGUGCACCAGCGCUUAAGUAUCGUUUGCUCACGAGUGGGGUUGCCGUUUUCAAGUUUUCUGUUCCAUCCUUGUUCGAACGAUCUUUAGAAGAAAUAGGGGAUAAUCGCCUCAACACUUGUGACUGAUGCGGGGUGCCAAACAGUUCGACCAAGUAAUUCUCGCUACCUCAGUAUCAAUUACGGUUUCUACCGUAGCAUAGCACUGAGGAAUGAUGGCUGUCGGCAACAUCCCUUCCUCCAGGAAAGCUCCAGAUUCGAAAUGGGACCGGUUUUUUUUUACAAGCCGCAACGGUGCCGCCUUGAAGGAUAUCAAUAACACAUGGAGGCGAUUUCUAACUCCUUUGCCGUCCCCAACCAACCCUACCUGACUCGAACGUACCGACUUUCUAAAGUCAGAUGCCCUACGGACACACACACGGCUGGGAGCGGGUGUUGGUAUUAAACAUCGCUUCUGAGUGGUGUUCACUGACCUGUCCUACAGGACUGAAUACCAGCGAUUCCGUUUUUGUCAGGCUAGAGUCCUCACAAACAAGGAAAGAGAAACAGAUGAUUACUAAAAGUUCAUCGACAAAGAUAGGAUAAGCUGGACUGACAGUUUUUUCUCUUUUUUUAACCGCCAUAAGUCUUGCAUGCCCAAAUCGAUCAUUUGUUGUUGCUGUUGUCUUUUUUAGGCGGCCGGCCAUCCUCAUUCGUGAGGCCCUGCGUGUUUUGAAUCUGGAGGUGAGCGGAAGUCGACCGCAGCUUGUCUCUCGUCUCAUCGAUUUCCUCUGCUCCCCUUCCGCCGACUCUGUUAAGUAUAAGGGAAAACUGCACAAGAAGCAACGGCGCUCACGCAACUCGUCCGGUGGUGACAAGAAAACCAAGCGCGCCUCCGGUGCCCCACGUGGGCGGAAGCGCAAGGCGACGACUGAGGAGGAAGAGGACGAUCAUGAAGGCAACUCCGAGAGUGAUGAGGGUGAAGCAGGGAAGAAAGAACAAAGCGGAACAGGAGACAAUAAAAAGGAGCAGGCGGAGGAAGAGGACUCCUCCGAGGUCGGUCAGGCGUCGGACGACAGCGAUGAUGAGGUCUACUCCCCGGGCAGCAGAAAAACCAAAAAAGCCCGGAAAAAGGUUACCCCGAAACGAGCCAAAACAAAACUGGCAUCCCCUGCAUCCGUAAAAAAAGUUGCGGCUAAGACGGAGAAGUCUGCACCAAAGAAGCGACGCACUAUUAUGCAGAGCGAUGAUGAAGAGGAAGACGAGCUGCCGUUGGCUAAAAUGGUUCCAGAGAAGCAAAACUUUCCCAGUGAUGAGGAACUGAAGUCUAGGGUCGUUGAGCUCCUGAAGACGUCCAAUCUGCAGGAGACUUCGAUGAAAGUCGUUCGGAACUCCGUAAGCUUAUGAUGUUGUCUAUUCUUCGACACCGCCUCUUUCCAACCCUUUCUGGUAAUAAUGCAGGUGCGAGGCCAACGCUGAAGGAUUUCACAGCCAGUAGGAUCGGUUGUUGUGUUCAGUUGCUAACUCACCCUUCGCAGUUGAUGAUGGCCGUCGGUACGAGGUCGUGUUUGGGGUUUGGGUGGAGGGUUUGCCGGUAUGUGUGUGGGAAGGUUCCCACUCAUAGGGGAUCUCGGCCGUCCCUUGUUGCUGUUAAAAUCCGCUCUACCGUGCGUCGGCUGGGUUAUGUUUGGCACGCGUAGACGGACACUUUGACCUUGCCAGCCACUGCGUCCGAUCCCGCCUCCGGUCUUCCUGACUCUGUCCUGCCACCGACCCAAGGUGAAUGCAGAUGGGGGUGCGCUAGAUGCUGCACAAGUCCAUAUAAACAAAUUCACCCGCAAGUCACUGUCCUGCACCCGCGAUGGACAUCGUCAUUCUCAACAGUCGAACUGACGUGUGUGUAUGAAGGUGUCCCAUGCGUGAACUUUUGUUACUACUGGGCAGGAAAGACUGACUGGAUUUAUCAAGUCUGACUGAACAGCGAGCGAGUUGAACAGAUCUAGCGAAGCUGAGAAAACAAUGCGGGCGUCGCGUGUGGACCCAGGAUUCACAGCCGCUACAUCGGACGCCUCAUUCAUUUUACCCCACAUUGAGACGGAAAGCGCUGCAAGUGUAGAAUGUCCGCUACGGUUUCUUUGGCGAGUCGAGUUUGAAAUGGCGUAACAUCUCUAGUCGAGGCGCUCUUAAGGAUGUUCCGCGACGCGUUGUUCGCGUUGCUGUUGUUGCACAGUAAGGACACGAGGUGUUGAGUAUUAGCACUGUCGUUCCCCGACUCUUCAGUUUCGCUCCCAUAUGACCCUUCCUUGGCCCCCGGGAUGCGGUUGACCUCGAAGGUGAAGAGUCCAUUUCGUACGGCCCGUUCUAUGCUUCUGAUCUUUUACGUUCCUUUCUGAGAAGUACUCACUUAUCUCGAGGCCCUUGAGCGAAAUCUCACCUCGCCUCGCAUUAUAAUGCUGGUUCUGUGCUCCUCGUCCGUGGGCGCUUAUAGCGCUUCUGGAGAGGCCAAUUUAAAUUCAUUACUACCAGUGUCCAGUAAAAGUGUCAUUCGCUUCAAUGUCACAAAGCGCCGAGCAUUUGAGUCGAUUCCAAAAACCCAGUAUCCAGAAUCUGUUCCUGUUGCUUCGCUGGAGAGUCGAAUUUCCCGUCCCGUGCACAUCUUUAGCUUGUUGUUAAAAAGAAUGUCACGUCAGUUGGAUACUGAAGGUUGUAGCCCGUCGAAGGCCCAGCAGGCUUUAGAGAUUCUAGCUGCACUUCCGUCGCCACUCAUUGUGUUGCCUUGCCGCCGUCGUUAUUAUUGACCAGUAAACAGUUCCUCCUCGACAAAUUCAACCAAUCCUACCCCGGUCGUUCGCAAAUCCGACUAAAUUGUAACUCACCGGACAAAGGUUGUGUUAGAAACUUGUUUGAGGGCUAGUUUCCUGAUGAUCCUGGAUUCAACACAAGGCGUCUCCAUCCUCUCUGACGACACACCAGCUUAGCGUUCCGGACCUUUGCUGUGCGGGCGAGGAGGGAGGGAGGGGGGGUUUAAGUCUGAUCGAAUGUCACCCAACCUUCGUCACGCCUAAAGGUAUUGUCUCUGCAGGAUCUGUGACUGCUUAUUCGCCAGAUCCGAGAACCGGUUUGUUUCCCUGUUGUCAAUCACCGAAUACCGUUAAAUAUCCGCUACCUGCGUACACAGACGAGGACUGUUUGACCGUCGAUUUCGACUAUGUCCACCGCGUGCUCAAUAGCAGAAUGAGAGCAGGGCGACGACUUGUGUGCGAAUUAAAGUGAUAGUGGGAUUGCGCAGCAUCUACCGCACUCUCUUCUCUUCCCCCACCCGGAUCGGGUGUCAAGACACAGUCAAAAGGACCGGAGGCGGGAGAUGCCGCAAAAGGCCGACAUGGUGUAGACCCCGCACCUAGGCUCACCACAAAACCCUGGUCCACAACAAACACUUGACCACAUUUGGGCCGAAGUCCACCAGCCACAACCAAAUACCCCCGUAAUAUUCGUUAACUCCCAACGGGCUGUGAGUAAUGAAUACAUGACUUGUACGACAUACUACACCAUUCGUCAUGACAAAUAUAUGUUGAACUUACAAGUCUCAAACAGACUGAGUUACUCCGAGAAAGUGAUGUAUUCCUGAGGAGCUUAUAAACCAGCAAUUGCAAAACUGGUAAAGGGGUGCUCACUGAUCGUUUUUAGGGAACUCACUCGUUCCGUUGUGCCUUACGGGCUCUCACUCGGGCCCUACCAACAGCCUGGGCUUUUAGCUAUAUCGUACAACCCAUGUAUAAAGGCCGCGCUUGUUAUGUUGCUGCGUUUAGCGCAAGUCUUCAAUAAAAAUUCAUUGCCUAUAGAAGCUUAGAGACGAGUUUCAGGAAGUAGUCGUGAGGAAAGGGACACGAUCACUGGAUCAAGAGCUUUAAUCGCCUGACGUUUUGGAUUCCUGCUUUAACCCAUCAGCCGAGACAACAACAUAUACAGGCGGUUCAUGCACAAGGGGCUGCAGUAUUUAUCGGAUGCAGUCGCCAUGUGACCGCCCACCUGUGAAAAUUCACGGCUUCUCCCCUUCAUCAGGGGUCGUUGCACUUGGUGCGAUGACUGUUUGAUGGCCGACAUUCGCGUCGUUACUUGCUGCAAUUUCAUCGCAUGUGCUGGAUGUUGGGGAUGAUGAUUGCUUGACCAUCUGACCCACUGACCCGGGUGUCGGGAGCAGUGUUCACCUGUGCGCUCCCCGCGUCGUUAAUUACUCCACCUAGGCUAAGCAUCAGCAUCUAAUAUGGAAGGCGAAGGUCAUUGCACUCAUUAAUAGACCGGGGGGUCAGUGAACCAUGACUCGAGCAGCUUCCGGCUCACGCAGUUGUCACCUCUAGAGAGAAUUUAGGCCUCGUCGAAUUUGGAUUUGUGGCCGUAUCUCGUCGAUUGAGCCACAACUUGCGAGCUGGCGUCAUUUCGCCGUGCGUGAAGAUGUAAUUUCUGCUGAGCAGGGCGUCUCCGACGUCGCAUUGAUCCUUUGUGACGACUGCCCUCUCCAGCUUCGUUUAGCUCGCCUUUUUCCCAGAAACGGGUCUCGCGGGCGGCGACGAUAUUAACAUUACAUUUGGUUGAUUCACGAGCGACCAUGCAAAAACUGCCCGUCCCCAAGUAGAACUGUCCAUGUAUACCCUCCCCCUUUUUUCACUAGAAUGCAGUAUUUGACUUACACGCUACAUCAGCAAAAUCUAAUGCCUCUUCUUCUCUUUCAGAUCGCCGCGCAAUAUGAAGGCAUAGAUUUAUCCUCGAAGAAGCAAUAUAUUAACGAAGUUAUCAAGGAGGUGAGCAGCAGAAGAAGCUGGUAUAUUCGUUAGCAUUUUUGAUAGCGCGCGCGCCUCUGCUUCUGUCGUUCGUGUACCACCUGGCUCAUUCAUUAAGCACUGUUAUGUCACAGAGAGAGAGGGCAUUGUUUUGCCCCGAACUUGGUUUGGGAGAAAGUGCCGAUGCCUUUGCUUAGUCUGCGCCAGAGCUUAGCGUUGUCAGCACUGCCCACACAAAGGUCAAUUUAAUCACACCUAAGAUGUUAAUACCGUUGAGGGGAGCAAGCUGAAGUGUACGCCCCUGGCAUAUCUCUGGGAGAAAUCUAUGGGGGUCGGCUAUGUGGCCGAUCAAUCACACGCGGACUCGCCCGCUCAAAACGCGUCUUAAUGACACGGUAAACUCCUCCUAGUCUGCAUUGUCUUGCGUCGCAGUUUUUUUUAUCUAACUAAAGCCUUGCACAAUCGUGGUAGAAGCAUAGAAGGUCAAUUUAGUCCCUUUAGUCAAUUUAAUCACACACAAGGCAUUGUAGCUUUUUAAUUUCCUUUGAAAUUAACUGUGAACUUGGAGUAUAUCAGCAUAUGUAAGGUCUAUAGGCUCAGAUCUAAGUUUUUAUAUAUGAAUAUUUGGGCCGAAGUCCAUCAACCACAGUGGAUAACCGCGUAAUAUUCCUUAACUGCUGACAGGCAGCUAGUAGUAUACAUUAGGGCAAGGUCAUUCCAUACUAACAGCACAGGUACCAGCCAAAAGCCCAUACACGCGUGUUUCGCCGAUAUUCUACCGCUGCAUGACACGGCUACGAGGCGUUCGUUGAAGGGAGAAAGCUGAAGUUUACGUCCCUGGCGUAUCUCUGGGAGAAAUCUAUGGAGGUCGGCUAUGUGGCCGAUCAAUCACACACAGACCCGCCCGCUCAAAACACGUCUUAAUGACUCUGUAAACUCCUCCUAGUCUGCAUUGUCAUGCGUCGCAGUCUUUUCUCUUCAACCAAGGAUUUAACUAAAGGCUUGCACAAUCGUGGUACAAACACAGAAGUUGGUCGCCGCUUGUCUAGUAGAUCGUCUGGUUGGUUCCCUGAGGCCGGCCUCAUAGGCACGCGCGCCGUCUCUAAUUGCCUCGAAAACGCCGUCCCCCCAUAAGUAGCCAUUCCGCUCUGAUUCCACCUGGCCCUCAAGUGGUGUCACUGGCACCACUCAGUGGCCACACGCCCCCAAUUGGCAGGAUAAACCAAUAGAGAGUAGCCAGUAAAGUUGCCUGGGAAGCCUCUUUGAAUUAUGAGCGACAUAGCAGCCAUAUUCUGGCACACACACACAGACCACCAGUCAAUGUGUGCGGGAGACUCCUCGAGUUUCUUUCACUUCUAAUCACCUGCAAAUCGUUAAAAUUCCCCCAGAGAAUGGCGAUUGUCGUUACUUGUGAUUUAGUAACUCGGUGUUCUCGAGCCUGUUUCUCUGAUCCAGCCUUGAAGUCUUAAGCGAGACAGAGUUGAUGGUGGGAGUCACUCGUCGGACCCUCAAAGCUCCAUCUAUCCAGUCUUUUUUUCUCGCCAGUGACUAGCUGCUAUGUGUGACAGUCAUUGCAGUUGCGUCCUUUAACCUCCCUCCCUUAAACACCCAUUUCUGUUUCAGUAUCUCUCGUCGUCGCUCUGA